AGAAACUGUUUAUUAUUUACAAAUUAAAUAUCCCACAGUUUUUACAGAAUAUGGAUUUUGUGAGUUGUUAAUCAAAUGUUUUAAGCAGUACAUUUGAAGCUUUAUAAAAUUAAGAAUGUUAUUGAAAUUCCAUCAAAUAAACAUUUAUCAAUCUAUACCUGAUAAAGUUAACCCAAGCAAUGGAUAGAUCGUCGCGAAAAGAAAAAUAUUCAGCAAAUUUCAACUCACAUCUUCAGGAUAGGAAAAAAGAGAGAAGUAAAAGUUUGGAAAGCAAUCAAAAAAUAAACCAAAUCAAUAAAGAAUUAAGAUAUUGGGUUAACAUAAAGGACAAUCAAAUUCAAGAUUUAGUUUCGAAAAUAACCCAUUUAUUGGAAGAAAAUGGCACAUUAAGGAAUGAAAAAUCAAUCUUGAUAAAAAAUCAUAAUUCAUUGAUUGAGAAAUUUGUAGAGCAAUCGAAAGAUAAUGAACAAGAGGAAAAGCACGAGAUGCUUACAAAGGAAAAUGAAGAGCUGAAAAAUGAUUUGAAAAUGUUAAAAGUUCUUAUAUUCCGUCUUAACAAGCAUUUAGACUAUUAUCAAGAAAUACUAAGUGAGAAAAAAGAAGACCUCAAUCCACCAACAAAAUAUAAAAAUGAGAAGGAAAUCAUUUCAUUGUGGACUGUAAACUCGCAUUUACUAGCUCCACUUAUGAACUCUUAUGAGGAAAGAAUUAAAGAAAAGAAUGAAAUUAUUAAAAACUAUGAAACGGAACUAAAUCAAUUUUCAGUUAAAUUAAAAAAGCUUUUAGAUGAAAAUGAGAAAAUUCAUGAAAUAAACGAGGACAUGUAUAACAAUUCAAAAGUCUGGAUUUCGCAAAAACAAAUGUUAACGAGUCAGUGUGAGAUAUUAAAGAAUAAAGCAGCAAUACAUGCUAAACGUGCAGAUUUGUCCAAAGAAAAACUUGUGGAAAUUUUAAAGGCAUACGAACAGAAAAUUCAAUCACUCAAUUUAGAUAUCGAGCGACUUCAAGAAGCUUAUAAUAGAUCAAAAGGAGAAAUUUCUACAUUAAAAAAUUUACAUAGGAAUCCAGAAGCAGUAACACAAUCAGUAAAGGAAUGUCAGAAACUGUUAGAGGAAUUAAGAGAUCAAUUUGAAAUGGAGAAAACUCAUCUAAUUGGAGACCUUAGUCAACAAAGAGAAAAAACAGUCGAGCUCGAAAAUUUGUUAAAGAAACAAAAGCUUUGCAAUGAAACCUUAAUUGAAAAGAAUAAGUUACUAAAACAGGCCAUACAUCAUGAGAAGCAUGCACACGAGAAUUUGAAAAAGGAUACAGAUCAAUAUGAAUUUGGAAGUGAAACAUAUCGAAAUCUCCUUAAUAUGGUUCAAGAAAAAGAGAUUCAAAUGCAAAAUAUGAGAUUUACACAUCUUAAAGAAAUGGAAGAAUUAAGGAAGAAGCUACAAAAACGUGAUGAAACAUUGAAAAAAGUUCUUGAAGUUAAAGUAUCAGAAAGUACAAAGUUGUAAACGAAUCAAUUUAUUGUUUGAAAUUUUUUUAAAAAUCAUUCAUCAUUAAUUAAUAAUUGUUAUUAGCACUUGCCAGUUUUACUUCCAUUUUCCAUACAUCCAAAUUAAUGAAAAAUAAAGAUAUUAAUUUGAAAACGUGG